AUGAUAUGCCCGUUCGUGCUCACUGCGGACGGCCAUGAGAACCAGUUCGGCACCAAUCACGUGGGUGAGUGCAGGGAGGCAACCACGUGGGCUGAUCGCACCACACCUCCACUGCCUCCCUCUCCCCCUUUCUUCCGUCCCUCCGCCCCCCCUCCCCCUCUCUUCCCUUUCACCCCCUUCCCCCCUUCCCCUGCACACACCCCCCACCCAAUGGCAUCGCACGUCGUACCCCCUUUAGGCCACUUCCUGUUGACCAACCUGCUGCUGCCGAAGCUCAAGGAAACUGCCAAGCAGGAUGCAGGUUUGACUGUAAAUGCUCUGUACCCAUGGGUGAUUGAUCCUUCAACAAUGGAAAACCCACCUGCUUCCCUCGCCAACACCCUCCAUCACCCUCCCUCCUCCCCUCUCUCCCCUUCCCUUCUCUCCCUUGGGACCAUCUGGCACACCCUCGGACGGGGAGCGUACAGCCUGGUGUUCCAGUGGUUCAUGAAGACCAUUCCUCAGGGUGCGGCCACCUCAUGCUUCCUGGCGGCGCACCCCUCAGUGGCGGGUGCAAGUGGGGGCUACUACGCAGACGUGCGGGCAGCCGAGGGCAAGGCGACGGUUUUGAGCAAGGACAUGAAGCUGGCUGGGAAGCUGUGGGAGCUGAGUGAGCAGAUGGCGAACAAGGAGUAA